AUGGCCAACACGGACUACACACAAACAGUGCGGAAAGACGGCGAUCUCUAUUAUUCCACUGCCGGCCAACAGGACUCUUCAUUUCAAUUCGGCUUUGACGAGCCAAAGUCGCCUACCGCGACAAGUGCCACGAUCAAGAACAUCUCCAGUGAGCCAAUCUUCUGGCACGGCUACGCCAGUGAAGAAGAGAUGGCUUCUCCCGUCGAGGUGGACGAUGUCAGCGUUUCCGACGACGACUUUGACCUCGACGACAUUAGUGUGAUUAGCUCCCGGAGGUCAUCUUCUGCAAGCAUUGUGUCUGCCAUUUCUUCGACUGGAUCUUCCUGCAUUCAAGCUCAAGCCGUCACCAUGGCCAUCGUUCGGCCAAAGAUGGUCCAAGUACCCAAGAUGUCUGAAGAGCAUCCCGCCAAGCGGCGUCUCGUGCACUCGGUUGCGGGCGUGUCCAGCGAUAAGAUUGCUGUAUCACACCUUCGAUCAGCAUCAAUGGAGACUCCACGCCGCGAUGAUUCGAUCGACUCAUACUCCCUUUCCUCACUCGAUUGGGCAAAGGCUUACGCACCCUCACCACCCUCCACAACUGGAUCGAGCUCGAGCUACGACUCCGCAUGCGAUUCCUUCCACGAACAACCAGUUCCAGUGAAGCGCAACACCACCACGAAACAUGUUCCCCUCAUGGAAGCCGCUCGUAACCUCGCACCACUCACAGAAGCCGUCGCCGAAGCCGUUUCACCUAUGCCCUAUGGCCACCACCGACGUUCCAACUCAUCGACGAGUCCAUCCCUCAUGUCCAAGAAGCCUUCGAUCAUGUCGAUUGCCGACCAAUACAAGGCGGCCGAGGAGCCCAGCGUACGACGAACGAAGACAUUUGGUGCCAACUUCAGCAUUAGCAAUAUUGGCAAGAAUCUCCUGAAGCGAGGAGAGAGCAUACAGCAAGUGGAGAGGCAAUACAACGACCACACGAUCACGCGAUCGCAAACCGUUCUGCCUCAGUCAACACCGCAUCCCAUUCCAUCACGCACCUCCAGCAUGGCACCCGCGAAGCGACUGGUGGCCCGCGGCGGCAGCGAACGCGCCGCGGCAAUCAUUCUACCCGACUGUCCCGACAAAGUCCAGGCCAACCACUGGCCACUCCGCAACAGUAUCGCAGAGUCAACAUCUAUUACGACCGAGACGACGAUUACGAUCAUGACGAUGCUAUCACCGGAGACGGAGAGGAUGGCGCUUUUGCUUUUGUGGGUUUCACAGACGGCGUUCAAGGAUGGGAAGCACGAUACCACGGACGACGACAGGCGAAAAUGGAGUUUGAUUGCUCGCCCGCCGCCAAGUGAACGGCGUGUCGCGAUGGAGCUGGUGUACCCUCGAACGGCAAGUUCUGGGUUGGACCUGGGCGUGGCAAUACUCGUCAGCGAUGUCGUUAUUGCAGUCGGUGAGGUUGACGUCAAUGUGCGUGGCUUGAGGCUGUAUCUACUUUCCGAUGAUCCACGAGAACUGCAACUUCACGCGACAAUUCCGUAA